AUGGGCGUCAAGUUGGAGCCGCAACUUAUUGUGGCGGCAAUCAUCCCCUUAGCCAUCUUGGGAUUUUUUGUCUUCAAACAAAGGUCAAAAUCCCGUCUACCUCUGCCUCCUGGUCCUCCAAAGCUCCCACUUCUGGGAAACUUGCUUGACUGUCCCUUGAAAUUCCAAUGGGAAACGUUUCAGACAUGGGGGAAAAAAUAUAAUUCUGACAUUCUUCAUUUGAGCGUCGCUGGACACUCGAUAAUCGUCCUAAACUCACUGGAAGCUGUUCGCGAUCUUUUGGAAAGGCGUUCUGCUAUCUACUCUGAUCGUCCCAAAUUUACGAUAUUGAAUGAUGUCAUGGGGUUUUCUUGGCUGAUGCCAUUCAUGCCGUAUGGACCAGCUUGGAAAGAACGCCGUCGCCUUUUCCUGCGUCAUUUUCAUCCAAGCAACGAUUAUUUGCACAAAGACCAUGAGCUUAAGUACAGUCGUCGACUCCUUGAAAAUCUCCUCGCACAUCCAGAGGGGUUUAUGGAUCAUAUCAGACAUUGUGUGGGGAGUACACUUCAUUCUAUAGCGUAUGGUGGUGAAACGGAGUCUGUUGGAAACCAGUUCAUCAAAAUCGCCGAAGAGGUGGCGGAGUGUCUGUCAGAUGCUGCGCUAAUUUCUACUAUGGUUGCCGAUGUGAUGCCCUCAUUGAACCCAAUUUUGCCCUACAUAAUACCCUCGGUGAUUUUCAAGAGGACUGCGUUACAGUGGAAAGAACUCGCGUCGAGAUUCCGAGAUGACCCUUUCUGGAACACUCAGAAAUCAAUGGUAGACGGAAUGGCGCAACCUUCGUUUGUCUCUAAAGCGCUGGAGAACAUUACUUCUUCAGAUGAUAAUACACGCCAUCAUACAAUCAUAAAAGAUGUUGCAUCGAUAAUUUUUAUUGGUGGCUCAAGUACCGUAAAUUCUUCAUUACAUACUUUCGUUCUGGCGAUGCUCUGCUUUCCUGAAGUACAGACGAAGGCCCAAGAAGAACUCGACCGGAUUGUGGGCAGAGCUCGGUUCCCGGAUUUCAGCGAUCAACCGCAUUUGCCGUAUCUUGAUGCAGUCUUGAAAGAGGUUCACAGAUGGCGUCCCAGUGGACCCCUAGGUAUCCCACAUUUUAUAGAAAAAGAUGAUGAAUAUAAGGGGUUUCAUAUACCUAAAUGCUCUGUUGUCAUCGCCAACGCUUGGGCAAUGCUCCACGACGAACAGGUGUACGCCAAACCCGAUGUAUUUAAUCCUGACCGUUUCCUCAAGAAUGGCUAUCCCGAUUUAUCAGUACGUGAUCCAUCAACAAUCGCUUUCGGAUUUGGGAGACGGUAA